AUGACUGAAAACAUCCAAACUACGAGUUUCGUUCACCAACUAACCAUUGCUAUGGGGCUGAUGGCCCUUACUUCACUGGCUCAUCGCGGUGUCUGUGAACUUAUGAGUACUUCUAGUAAGAAGAAACUGAACUUCUGUGAUCUCGUGGCGUAUAAGAACAUAGAUCUUCAAGGUCAGGUGCUUUACCGAGAACUCUGGAACAACUUGAUUCCCACCCUCCGAAAGCACCAAGUUAUUCUAUGGGAUUACGAUGGCGAGAAACAGCGCCCUCCAAACGGCGAUAUGCCAAUCAAAGAUAACUACAUUUACCUUGUAGAUACAGGCCCUUCCGGACUCGCACUUCUGGCAACCUAUCUCCCACCUGAUGGUUUAUCCCAUGCUGCGCGGAGCACGAAUGCUCUUCCGAGGGACAUCUUCCUUCGAAUUAUCGCGGCAGAGAUCUCUGUCGGCGACUUCACUAUAGGUGUAUUUCCUAGGACGUUGUAUACCUUAUUGGAUGCUGUUGUUCAUUCACGCGUCUCAGGAGACAAGACAUCAUUUGAGGAUAUUCUGUACUUACUGCUCCAAGCGCUUGAAGGCAUACAUCAUAUUCACUGCAAAGGAGUCGCCCAUUGCGACAUGUUCCUCGAUAACUUGGCGAUCGAAUGGAUUCCCCAGUCCUUAGUCAAGGCAUCUACUACGUCCCGACCGAGAGUCUACCUUAUCAAUUUUGACAAGGCAAUUCAGUUUACCCAAGAGUCACAGCCAUCCGAGCGUCUCGUUCAUGAUCGUCCGCUCCCUGCCGUGACAACUGUAUAUUAUCGCGCUGAUGCACCAGAACUGAGUCAAAAAGGGCCUUACUGUCCAUUCCGCCUAGAUAUGUGGCAAUUUGGGUACUUCUUGCAAAAAUAUUAUAUGACCACAAUUCCUGAAAUCGACCAGUUGUGGGCGGACCUUGUAACACCGAAACCAGAGGAGCGUCCAACUGCAUUGGAGGCCAUGAAUCGACUGAACGAGUUUAUUUCUUCUACCACCCGCAGCUCACUGCAGAUUGGUUUUGCUUAA